AUGUUCUCUCAAACUCUCACUGCUCGCACUGAUAGCAUCGCUCGUCAUCUCGAGACGAUCUUUCUUUUCACACAAAAUGAUAUCAGAACCACUCUGAUACCUGUCACCAUAUUCGCAUUGUCUGCGGCUCCCAGAUAUGAUCCCAUCCACGCUUUGAAUGCUCCUUUGUGGAUAUGGCUCCACUUGUUGCAGUUCAAUCUUGCCAACCAGAUCCAGGAUCCGGAGGAGGACCGCAAGAACAAACCCUCCCGUCCGAUACCUGCUGGUCGCAUUUCUGUCGAUAGCGCAGCUGAUAUGCGCUGGGUGAUGGUCCCAGUCUGCUUGAUGCUGUCGUUGUGGUACGGCACUCAGGCUCUGCUGGCCAGCACCGUUUUUGCAGUGUUCAAUAUCUGGUACAACGAACUUCACGGUGAUAAAAUGGGAUUGUCGAAGAAUGUACUCACAGCCAUCAUCUACGGGUGUGCGGAGGUUGGAGGAACCGUUGCUGCCGGUUCUUGCAACUCACGCAUGGACAAAGUCGGUGCUUUGGCGGUCGCACUCAGCUCGGCAGUCUUUGCGACUACGCUUCAUGCGCAAGACUUCAAGGAUGAAGAGGGCGAUCGCCUCACUGGCAGGUGCACCCUGCCCACAAUCUUCCCUAAAGCCGCACGCUUUUCAAUGAUGCUCGGCAUUCCCCUCUGGUCAUUUGUCUUGAGCCAUAUCUGGAAGCUAGAUGCGCUCUCUACCACUGCAUUUGUAGCUUACGGUGCAUAUGUGGGGACCCGAUUUGUGAUGUAUGACACAGUAGGCGCCGACAAGCAGUCCUGCAAAUUUUAUAGCAUGUGGUUCGCGCUCAGCCAUCUACUUCCAGGUUACUGGCGCUUCUUCUAUGGUGUUUGA